AUGGCCCAAGUCCGCUGCCGGGAAUCGUUUUCCGUAGACGAUGUUGCUGACCAGGACAAAACUCUUCAACAGUUAGCUCUCCAGCAUCACCCUGACAAAGUCCAGGAAGAUGGUCGAAAGGAGGCAGAGAUAAAAUUCAAGGCCGUCAGCCAAGCGUACGAGAUCCUCUAUGACGAAGAAAAGAAGCACAUCUACGACACCCAUGGCAUGUCUGCAUUCGACGGCUCCGGCCGCCCUGGUGGGAUGGGUGGCGGACCUGACCUGGACGAUAUAUUAGCCUCGAUGUUUGGAAUGAAUAUGGGAGGCGGAGGUGGCAUGCCUGGCUUCGAUCCCAGAGGUGGCAUGCCAGGAAGACGCCGGAAGGGACCUAACGAAGAGCAACAGUAUACCGUCAGUUUGGAGGACCUUUACAAGGGCAGAACCGUGAAGUUCGCCAGCACCAAGAAUAUCAUUUGCAGCUCGUGUAAAGGGAAAGGAGGCAAGGAGAAGGCGGUUCCUAAGAAAUGCUCGUCUUGUGGAGGCCAAGGACAAAAGGAGACCUUGGUACAAAUCGGCCCAGGCCUCGUCACCCAGUCGAUGGUGAGAUGUACAACCUGCGACGGAGCCGGUACUUUCUACCAGCCCAAGGACAAGUGCAAGAAAUGCAAGGGAAAGAAGGUCACAGAGGAAAAGAAGAUACUCGAAAUCUAUAUUCCUCGAGGCGCAAAAGAAGGAGAGAGAAUCGUUCUUGAGGGCGAGGGUGAUCAGCAACCCGAUAUUGAGCCCGGAGAUAUCAUCUUUCACCUGGAUCAGGCCGAGCACAAGACUUUCAAACGUGACGGCGCCGACCUAGCUGCCACGCUCGAAGUCACUCUUGCUGAGGCGCUUUGCGGAUUCUCCCGCGUUGUUUUGAAACAUCUCGACGGAAGAGGCAUUGAAAUCAAGCAUCCUCAGAAACCGGGCGACAUCCUCCGCCCUGGCCAAGUUUUGAAGGUCCACGGUGAGGGUAUGCCAUUCAAGCGCAGUGACUCUCGUGGUGACCUCUACUUAAUCGUUGAGAUCAAAUUCCCCGAAGACGGAUGGGUUUCAAACCCUGCGGCCUUCAAACAGCUGCAAGAACUGCUCCCUACCAACGACGCACCUGCAGUUGAAGCCGACACCGUUGACGAGGUAGAAUUUGACCCCAAGGCCAGCCUGGAUAGCAUGGGUGCAAAUGAUCCCCAGGGAGGCGGCGCUUGGGUCGACGAAGAUGAGGAGGACGGUGAAGGAGGUGCGCAAUGUUCUACCCAAUAG